UUCAAUCUGGUUGAAAAAAAAAAGAUUUUCGGGAUACCACCAAACUAAGAUACCCGACAGACUUGUGUUGUAACUGAGAAAAAAAGGCCCAUCAGUAAUUGAACCCAUUGACUUGACUCGGGUCGGACUCAUCUCACUUCCACUUCACACAUACACACCGCACGCCACCGUCAUCAACCAUUCUCAUUCCGUCGUCACCUCCCUCCUGUAACUUUUAGGGUUUCUCCACGAGCACGGGAGUGAGGGUAGAAGAAGGAGCACAGUUCAGUAGCAAAGAACAUUCAAGUAGAAAAAUGUUAUACAUAAUUGGAUUAGGGUUAGGCGACGAGAAAGACAUCACACUGAAAGGCUUAGAAGCAAUUCAAAAAUGCGACAAGGUUUACAUGGAAGCAUACACUUCUCUUCUCUCCUUCGGUCUCUCCUCAAACGGUCUCUCCAAUCUCGAAAAGCUUUACGGUAAACCCAUUAUUCUUGCUGACAGAGAAAUGGUUGAAGAAAAAGCUAACGAUUUUUUAUCUCAAGCUCAGCUUUCUCAUGUUGCUUUUCUCGUUGUUGGCGAUCCUUUCGGGGCUACAACUCAUACUGAUCUUGUUGUUCGAGCAAAGGAGAUGGGGGUUGAGGUUAAAAUUGUGCAUAAUGCGUCUGUUAUGAAUGCUAUUGGGGUUUGUGGUUUGCAGUUGUAUCGAUAUGGGGAAACCGUUUCGAUACCGUUCUUUACGGAGACAUGGAGACCUGAUAGCUUCUAUGAAAAGAUUCAACAAAAUCGAAAUUUGGGACUUCAUACACUUUGCUUGUUAGAUAUUCGGGUGAAGGAGCCUACAUUGGAAUCUUUGUGCAGAGGAAAAAAAGCCUAUGAGCCACCCAGAUAUAUGACAAUCAACACAGCCAUUGAGCAAUUAUUGGAGAUUGCACAAGCACGUGAAGAUUCCACCUACACAGAAGAUACUGAGUGUGUUGGGCUUGCUCGGAUUGGAAGUGAAGAUCAGAUGGUAGUAGCUGGUACAAUGAAGCAGUUACAGUUGAUUGAUUUCGGAGCGCCUUUGCAUUGCCUUGUCAUAACAGGCAAGACCCAUCCUUUGGAGGAAGAAAUGCUGAAUUUCUAUCGAUGCAGGACGUAGUCACAACAUCAAGACAUAUGACCAUUUAAUCCAGCAAAAUGGUUUUUGUUGAAAGGGCCCCAAAAUCGUCCAUUCUGUUUUCAAGGGACUCCUUUUUGGUAUAUUCAUUACUAUCAUAUCAUCGACACAGGUUGCUUCGUGCCCUGUCAGAGGAGAAGCUAAAUUUAAGUUUGUACUGUUUCUGGAAAAUGUAAGAAUGGGUUUGUAAUUUAAUCUUUUGCUAAAUCCCUUUAUGGGAUCAUUGUUACUUCAAAGGAUAUUUUCCGGAUUGAAUAACAUUAUUGACAAAUAACGCUAGAAAUCUAGCUGCCAUUACAUGAUUUUUUGGUUUGGCUGGAAAUGAAAUUUCAAAUGUUUGGAUA